AUGCAAGCGGACAAUCUCCCCACUGAGAUAUGGGAAAGAAUCUCGUACUUUGUACAUCGACCUCCACCGCUUUUAGGUACAGGUUGUAUAAGAAAAGAUUACCACCAACAGGAUCUGACAGUAGUGUCACGAUUAAAUACAAGAUUCUUUAAUAUCGCUGGCAAGAUCUUAUACGCCAAUCCUAUAGUUGACGAUCCCUUCCAAUUCCUCCACGGUCUAUCCCAUUCUCCUUCUUGCGACUGUACGGCGUUCAAACAUGAAUCACUUCGCCAUGUCAGGACUUUAGAUCUAACACAUAAGCAGGGUUUCAAAGAUUCACUUCGAGAACCGUACUACGACCCGAACGAGCAAGAAAGGGGGGAAUGGGAGAACGAUUUCUUUUCUCAAUCAACAGGAGACCUAGAAAUUUGUUCGAAAAGCGUGCACUUGCUAAACCAGAUUGGACUUGUAGAAUAUGUAAAGAAUAUAUGGAAUGAAGGUAUAGACCGCUUGAGAAUAGGAGGAUACGAUGAAGGAUGGUGGGCAGAUAAGUUAUCUCAAAUCAAAUAUAAUCAACUGAAUCGGUUGAAUGAUUUUUCAAGAAUUUACGUGUACGAAUCACCGGAUGUACUUUAUAAUCAGGUUAUGGAUGAGGAUGAAGAACCUGAAAUACUCGGUUUAUCCUUACUUCAAAUUUUGAGACCUAGAGUGAUAGAGCAGCUCGGCGUGCUUGGUCCCAUGUCAAUCGAUAAUUGCAUGUACGAUAGAACCACUACCUUCACUCAAAGGUAUAUCAAUCACGUGAAGAUCGGUCUUCGUUCACCAAGCGGGUCAUUAUCCUUAUCCUUGCCCCACAUAUCGCCUGGUAUACCAAACGAAUGGUAUAUCAACUUAGGUUCACUGGAAAAAUGA